GCUGCGUGGAUGAAGCAUCCUCAGAGCAUCCAACAGCCUAAGACCGUGCAGGCUGCCUUUGUUUAUUUCACGACGGGACUGCUGUCCCUGUUUCUGCUGCUGCGACUGGAUAAAAUAACUGACCCUCACCUCGACUCUCAUAUGCAGUCUCCAACACCAACACGGCGGUGGUGUGCUUGUUCUACUAACUGCCAUGGCUAGAAACACGGACACCCCAUCUCCUUAUCCUUAUCAUGGUGAACCAAUCAAGUUUGACCCAAACUUCAGAGGGCCUGUUCAGAACAGGAAGUGCACUGAUGUGGUUUGCUGCAUUAUCUUUCUCAUUGUUAUCCUGGGCUACAUCGCCCUGGGUACUGUCGCCUGGUUCCACGGAGACCCCAGGAAAAUCAUUUCUCCAACUGAUAGCCAGGGCCAGUUUUGUGGCCAGACGGACACCUCAAAUUCAAAUAAAAACAUAUUAUUCUACUUCAAUAUGCUGAAAUGUGCCAGUCCUGCAGUUUUAAUUAACCUCCAGUGCCCUACAACUCAGCUCUGUGUCUCCAAGUGCCCUGACAGAUUUGCCACGCUAUCGGAAGUUUCAGUUAACAAGAGCUGGGAAUAUUACAGGCAAUUCUGCAAGCCUGGGUUUGUGUUGGGAAGUAAGUCAGUUGCAGAGGUUAUUCGAGAUGAAGAUUGCCCUCUAAUGCUUGUGCCAAGCAAACCAAUACUACAGCGGUGCUUUCCUGAGUUCAAGUCAAAGGAGGGAUUAUUAACUGUUGCAAAUCAGACCACCUUCAGAGACCCUCGCAACAACACGUGGACUGUCAACGAUCUCAGAGAUGCUGCUAUGGGAAUAGCCAGUCUGCUGAAUGCCAAGGAAAUUGGCGUAAAGAUCUUGGAGGAUUAUGCAAAUUCCUGGGUAUGGAUAUUAAUAGGCCUGGGAAUGACCAUGGUGUUCAGUCUGAGCUUCAUCCUACUGAUGCGCUACAUUGCUUGUGUGAUACUGUGGCUCAUGAUUUGUGGUAUCAUCAUUGCAGCUGGCUAUGGUGGCUGGCGGUGUUACAAAGAGUAUGUUCUUCUGUUAGAAAAACCAGAUACAAAUGUCGCCAUCUCUGAUAUUGGCUUCCAGACAGAUCUCAGCAUUUACCUUGAGAUGAGCCAGACGUGGCUCGUUUUGAUGAUCCUGCUUAUUUUGAUUGUGGUUGUCAUCGUUCUUAUGCUGAUUUUUCUGAGAAAGAAUCUAAGCAUCGCUUUUGCACUAAUGAAGGAAGGAAGCAGGGCCAUCUUUUACAUCAUAUGUACUCUCUUCUACCCGAUCGUCACCUUUUUUCUUCUGGCCAUCUGCAUAGCCUACUCUGCUGUCACAGCAGUCUUCUUGGCCUCUUCAGGUAAUGCCAUCUACAAGGUGACUUCCCCUGAUGAUAAGUGCAUUCAUAGAAACCUCACGUGCAGUCCAAAGACCUUCAGUCAGACCAACAUAGCCAAAGAGUGCCCUGGAGCACAGUGCAUGUUUGCAUUUUAUGGUGGAGAGACUGUAUACCACAACUACAUCAUCCUCCUCCAUGUUUGUAACCUGUUUGUGUUCCUCUGGCUGGUCAAUUUUGUCUUGGCCUUGGGAAAGUGCACUCUGGCAGGGGCAUUCGCCUCCUACUACUGGGCCAAGAGGAAGCCGAAAGACAUCCCUACCUGCCCUGUUUACGCUUCGUUCAGCAGAGCCAUGCGUUACCACACGGGUUCUCUAGCCUUUGGUUCUCUACUCCUUGCUAUGGUGCAGAUGAUCCGAAUUGUUCUUGAGAACCUGCAUCUCAAAUUGAAACGUUCUCAAAGUUGUAUGAGUCGGUUCCUGCUUCACUGCCUCAAGUGCUGCUUCUGGUGCCUGGAAAGAUUCAUCAAGUUUCUUAACACAAAUGCAUACAUUAUGAUAGCAAUAUACGGGCACAGCUUUUGCAAAUCUUCCAGGGACGCGUUUGAUCUCUUGAUGAGGAAUAUUUUGCGGGUGGUUGUCUUAGAUAACCUCAUCACCUUUCUGCUGUUCAUAGGAAAGCUGGUCAUUUCAGGAGGAAUUGGGGUCCUUGCAUUUCUCUUCUUCUCUAAAAGAAUACCAAUUGUUCAAGAUAUGGUACCUCAACUAAACUUCAACUGGGUCCCCCUUCUGACGCUGAUAAUUGGGUCGUUCAUGAUCUCAAGUGGCUUUUUUAAUGUUUAUGCCAUGUGUGUGGACACGCUGUUCCUAUGCUUUUGUGAGGACCUGGAGAGGAAUGAUGGCUCUUCUUCCAGGCCCUACUAUGUAUCUCCAGGCCUGCACAAGAUCCUCCGCAAAGGAGAGGAGCGUGCUAAAUCGAGUGCUUCCUCCUGAGCGAUGUGCCGAUUUCUUUCCUGAACUUUUGAUUCUGACUCACUUCUCCAUAUCUGCUUUGUGUGUGGAGGUUCUGCAAGUUCUUGAGGGCUAAACAUCUAAAUUGGAUGCAGGGAUGACCUGAACAUGAAAGGACAUGUAAACAGUUCAGGUCCCAAAGCACAGUGGACCGAAAAAAAAACACUUGGCCUCACUUCCUCUCAUGAGCCAGUUCAGAUACUUGCCUUUUUGUCUUCUAUGCUUUUCUUCAUGUUUCUCUGUAUUUUCUGCUGACCUCUGCCUUACUUUGAGGAUGCACAUCAAUAUACAGGAUGGAUGCACAAGCGGAGACACAUUUUUUUUUUUUUUUGUAAACCCAAACAAACAUGGGGACCUUAAAUUGUACAGAUGCCACUGAUGGACUAUGAUGUAAAGCAUCACCCUGAACAGUGUUGGACUUCUGGGGCACUUUCUUAUCGCACUUUGGUCUUUUGGUGUGAAAUCAUGAUCUGUUUGAUUCACCUACAGUAAAGGAAUCGUGUGUUUAAUUUACUGCCUGCAGCAUGACUAUUUUGCUGUUGUUUCCCACAUUUCUUUUUAGGUGAUUUUCAUCCUUGAUAAUAGUAAACACAAAUCCGAAUAUGAUUUGAACACUACACCCAGCUAAACUCUUAUUUUCAGUUCACCACACAAUCAUUUCAUUUCAGUUAAUACCCCCUUGUAUGUACUGUAACACAAAAGACUUUGUGGGAGGUUAAGACUUUAACAUAAAUUUUAUGGUUAUUGCUUAAAAUCUGGACAGAGCCUGAGUAUCUUCAGGACAUGUGAUUGCAGCCGCUAGUUUAUGUGCCUAGUUGUCAAAAAAAGGAAUAAAACAAAUGUUCCUCCUUCUGUAAUUUUAGACUUAACACCAGGAGUUUUUGGGAUAAAGUUUAUAAAAGGAUUUCAAAGCCAUUUUUGGUAGUCUUUUUAUUUGUAUUAUUAUUAUUAUUGGAUUAUUGGAUGUUCAGAUGUUGUGCUGUUUUAAUAUUCAGUAUAAUACACACGUCUGUCUGAAGGUUAAUCUGUGUUUCGGUUUUGUACAGGACUUCUUUUUUUUUUUAACUUAAUGAAACAGACGAAAAUGUGAUCAUUUCUUUUUGAAUAAACAUAAAUGGAUGACGUAUCA